GCCUCUUCCCAAGUUUCCUUCCUUGCCGUUUCCGUUGCCCGGUUACCAGUCACUAGCCAUGCCCGGGGGCAGAGGCGGGAAGUCCCGCGAGGCCGCGAACCCAGCUGCAGGGAGUGGGGCUGAGUCGGUAACUGAGCGGGUCUUGCGAGAGGCCCACUCGCUCUAUGUACAUCCGGGUCAUGGGCUGGUGACCAUUGGGGCACGACUGGGCCUCACCCUGCUCCCUCCACGCCGCAAAGUGACUGUCAUGGUGAUGGGGAACCACAGUGCUGGCAAGAGCAGCUUCAUCAAUUGGUAUGUGGAGGAGCACAUCCAGCGAACUGGGGUAGCUAUUGAAACUCAAGGCUUCACUUUCAUCACCAGUGGAAGGAAGCGAGAAUCUCUCACGGGUAAUGCUACGCUUCAUCUGUAUCCCCAUUUCCAGGCCUUACAGGGCUUCAAAGGAGUACCAGAGUACCUGAGCACAGAGAUCUGCACCUCAAAACAGAAGCAGUUCCCUCUGGUCACUUUCCUUGACACUCCAGGCUUGGUGGACGGUGAUAUGAAGUACCCUUUUGAUGUUGAAGCAGCGCUUAUCUGGUUUGGUGAGCAGGGUCAGCUCUGUGAUCUCAUCUUGGUCUUCUUUGAUCCCAUGGGACAGGCCCUGUGCAAGCGCACUCUCAACAUUGUGGAGAAUCUCAACGAAGGGCAUGGAGACAAGCUGCGUUUCUACCUCAGCAAGGCUGAUGAGGCGGGCGCUGAGGGGGACAGGCAGAGGGUUUUGAUGCAAAUUGUCCAGGAACUUUGCAAGCGCCCAGGCCUCAACAAGUGCGGAUUCGACAUGCCUACAGUCUACAUCCCCAGCCCCAGUAAGCCAAGCCGCUGUGUCAAUCAGAUUGAGGAGAUCUGCCGAACCAUCGAGAAGACGAUCAGUCAGACAGUACAGCACACACUCAAUUCCCUUGAGCGGGAUUGCCACCUCAUUGACAAGGCUACGUGCAAUCUGCUAGAGGAGGACAGGGAGGCCAGAAACAGAAACUUCCAUGCUCGGUUUCGGGGAGUCCUGUUGGGCAUAGCCGGCUGCCUGAUACCUUUCUUUCUCCUAAUCACUCUGCUUUUUGGUACAACAAUGGCUCGCCAAUUGUGGACUCUUAUCUUGGGGAAGGAACAGAGCCAGGCACUGGAGCUAUACGUGCGGCCGGUUGCCUCUGCUUGGAGCCUUGUCCCUGAAGACCACACCUUAACUGUAUUCUUUGGCCUUCUUUGUUUCUCCAUCCUCCUCCUGCUCCUGGCCAGCUAUGCUUUCCAGACAAAGCCCACUUUAUCAAAAAAACAGAAGCGGCAGCUAGAGGACCGGCAGGAUUACGUGUUGGAUGUGGUGCUGGAGAAAAAGAGGCAGCUCUAUGAGGAAUACCUACGCCAAAGCAUCGGCGAACAGGAUCUGAGCUGAAGAUUCCUCCCCAGUGUACCCCCCCAGAGACUGCCAACCUUAUACCUACAUGCCACAUUAUUGUUUGUCAUCUGUUAGCCAUUCCAGAGAGAGAUUGUUGGCUCUGAGCAGACAGUAUCAUACGACAGUGAACCUUUGAUGGGUGCUGAUUUUUCUCCUCUCCUCCAGCUUCAAUGCCUUCUCAUCCAGUUGGCAACUUUUUAUACCCCUUGUGUUGUCGAUCAGCUAACCACCCAUCCCCAUAUGAACUGUGAUUCAGCAUAGCUCAGAUGCUAUGCAACCGCUAAGGCAUACCUUAGCUAGAAUAGGCUAAGUAUACCUCUUCUGCUAGUCUGUUGCACUCCUCAGUUCCUUUCUCUUACCUGGGAGGGGGGAUAAUAUCAGCACUACCCUGCUGCUUUUUAUGACCUAUUGGAUUGUGCCCCUCCAUCCUUUAGGACCAUAAAGCCGUGCAUUGAAGUCUUAACAGACCAGUGAUUUUUUUUUAUUGGCUACUGUCAUGAACACCUGGGGCAUUUUUAUCCAGUAAGAUUGCAGCAUCCACUUCCCGUAUCCUAAUUGGUACUCCCCUGCUUUGGCAAUGUACCCUCCGCCUCUGUACAUUUUGUGACUGCCCAUUUCACAUACUGACUAGCUGUGAUGGGCCAGGGUCAAGCACUGUAAAUCUUGAUGACUUUUCUCUCUGUUCGCUGUGACAUAUUACAUCUUCAUCUGUUAUUUGGAUGUAGUACCCCACAUCUGUGAACUUCUCUGGAUGUGCUGUAGGAUGUACAUGUUCAUCUCCAUCUUUCUCACUAACUUGUGCCUUCAACUGAUUACCAGUGCUUGGGCAGAAAGGGGUGGGGGGGGGACAUCUUAUGGCUUCUACUGUCCCCUGCUCCAUGUCCUUUUCUCCAGGUCCUUCAGACUGACCUGGACUUUCGUUCAACACUGUGAAAUCUCCAUCAGCCUAUGGUUUGCUAGAAGCUGUAAUUAGCAUCCUUUGGAGCAUACUGGAACUAUCCUCCCAGUCCCCUACAGUGGUAGAUUACUAAUAAGAGGGACUCUUUUGGCUAUUGUUAACUCAUUUGUUUCUCCUUCCUUGCAUUUGUUAACUCUGGGAUACCACCACUGUAUUGUGACUGUCAGUAUCUUAGGGUGGGGAACGGUGCUAUCAGGAAAUGAGAUCAUUCCAGCUAUUGGAGUCGCUCUGUGUAGUGGGGCAAGUGAUGUGAAUAGUAGUUGGUGAUCCAACUUUCAGGAAUAGAAAUUUUCAUUCUAGAAUUAGUCUUUUUUCCAGUUCCUUGCCUUAAGAAAACAUUUCUCAGGUACAACCUAUAAUAAUGGGAUGAAGUUGGCUUAAUCUAAUGUUUUCAAUAGCCCUCACACAGCCCAAAAGUUAUUUGGGCUGUGGCUCUUUUAAGUAUGAAAUUAGAUUGCAAUGCUUUCCAGGGGUGUAACUUUUGUGUUCGUAGCCUUUUCCUCCCAGUAAAUAGCCAGUAUUGGGAGCAGCAAAGAAUACAUGUAUGCCAACCACGGUGUCAGAGUUUCAGAUCUCUGUUUUGGGAAGCAGGAGGAAGUGGAUGGGUGUGCGGUUGCAGAUUGGCUAACUUCACUUCUGCUUUUCUUCCUGCCUUUUUAACUCAUCGUCUCUUCAGGGUAGCAUGAAGUGCUGCUAUAGUAGAGGUCGGGGGGAGAAUGCAGUCUGAAUCCAUUCUGUGGUAAAAGUUACCUUCUGUGUACAUCUCUCUUCCAUUACCUCUUUCUGGAGCACCGCCAAAACACCAGACAAAGCCCUGUUCCUGCAAUGGAUGUAGCUGGGAAUUUAGGGAGGGGGGAUGUAUCUGUAACAUUUAAUAAAGCUCACUU